AGCAUAAUGUAUUUUCGUUUGGCAUAUGCAUUAGAAAUUUUCAGAUAUUUCCUGUGUGGGAAACUUCAAAAGAGAGUUGAGAACAAGGAGAUUCAGUUAGGGUUAGCAAAUGGAUUCUACAUCAAAUCCAGACACCCAUGAAUCAUGCAGAAAAGUGGCUAUCAAGAUCCGGAUGAUGGGCGCCAGCGUUUCUUACUGGAACUCGAAAUUCAUUCAGUGCCUCGCUAUCCCAACUUAUAUUCACUGUAUCCACACUGCCUGUUCUUUCUUGAGCUUCUCCAAAAUCCAUCAUAUCUUAAUGCAAUGGCGCAUCCCGCCAACAAGCAGGAAAGAUGGAUGAUUUUCUUGUACUCGUAACACAGACAUCCAAACAAUUAAUUCAUGAAUUAAGGAAGAUGACUGGAGAAGUUCGCUGCUUUGAACCUAGGCGAUCUUUGUGGGCGAUUCCACCACCCAAGAAUCCAACUGCUUCUGCUACUCAGGCUGAAAAGGAAGAGGUGGAUUCGCGAUCCAUAUAUGUUGGUAAUGUUGAUUAUGCUUGCUUGCCUGGGGAAGUGAAGUUACACUUUCAAGCUUGUGGCACUGUUAACAGGGUAACUAUCCUGACUGACAAGCUUGGCCAGCCAAAAGGCUUUGCGUAUGUGGAGUUCUUUGAAAGGGAGGCUGUUCAAAAUGCACUGCUGUUAAACGAAUCAGAGCUUCACGGGCGGAAGUUGAAGGUGUCUGCCAAGCGGACAAAUGUUCCUGGUAUGAAGCAAUUUCGAGGAAGGCGAUUUAAUCCUUAUGCUGGAUUCCGCCCUCGACGUGCUUUUGUGCCUGGUGCUCCAGCCAUUCCACCUUUUGGAAGGGUUCCAAGGUUCAGACGUUCCAUCCGCUACAGGCCAUACUAGUGAAUUUUAAGCUGGAUUGCAGCCUUCCCUAGAGAAGCAUGGGGCUCGCUUUGUGAAAAGGGCAUCUCCUUGUUUUACUCUCUUUGGUUGAGGGCAAAGGAUGUUCUAAUUCAAAUAAGUCAUUAGCUGACAUAAAUUUCAACUCUGUGGAUGAUGUUUUAGGUUUCUGGGGAUUGAGAAUUUUUUCUUUGCUAGCUUGCUCAGGUGCUUGCAUUUUGGGCAGCAAAUGGAAAAGACAAAUAAAAUAGACAGUUUGUUGGAGAUGGUUUGAAUUAUGUAUGGUUGUGGUUUGGUCACCCUUAAG